AUGUCAGACGAGACCAGCAAGAAGGAAGAAGACGCAAACGCAGUUUCCGUAGAACCGAUUCGGGAUGCUGCGUCAUCACCGAGAAACGAAACCUCCCAAACGGGCGUCGCCUUGACCCAAGCACGGCGAGCUUUGUGGAGAGGACAUCCUUCUCCAGUCCUGAAUCCUGUCUUGGAUCCUUUUCGUACCUUUGUCUUGGAUCCCACCUUGGCGAUUCAAUCUGUCUUGCUCCCACUCCUCUUGCCAAGAUCUAUCGAUUCGAUCUUUGCCAAAGGAUGUCGCAAUGUCGGAAUACCCAUUCUGAAAUGGUUGUAUCCUAAUACCGUCAUUACCAACAGAAAUAAUAAUAAAAAUGGAGAGACUUCCAUGAAGGACGCCACAAAAUCGGCAAUUUUCCAACCCACCAUUGUCACAGUCCGCCCACCUUCGGAUUUUCAAUCGGCCUUUCAAGGGGCCAUUUCCUUUGUGGUGUCGGCAAUUGCCGAUGUCGCGGGCAUUUUGACCAAUCCUAAAAAAUUGACGGGAUGGAUGCAAGCCUUGAGUCAGUUCAAUACCUUUUUGGAAUCGACGGGCGUCGGUGCCGAACUGGAAGAGGCCAUCCAAAAACCGCUCUUGGCGGGACGAUUAUUGGAUAAUUUCAAACUGUUGAAUGAUAUUCAAGAACAACAUUAUGGGAAUCGCGUCGAACUGGCCCAACAAGACGAUAUUAAAUCUCGUGGUCUAGGUUUUGCCCAAGAUAUCGAACGAGGGCAUCGCAUGAUGAGAUUUGCCACGGCUGCCUAUGGGACGGAAAUGAUUCGAUCGGCAGUCGAUCAAAAUAUCGAUGCUUCGGAAUACCUUUUGGAUCAUGUCAAGGCGAUUGCCGUGCAUACCCAAAUUCCCCACGAAGAUAUUCAAUUUGUCUAUUCGGGAAAUGAAAAUGAUUAUGACGCACACGUGCUACAUCAUUUUGUCGCAUUGGACCGUCCUAACAAAUCAAUUAUUUUGGCCAUUCGAGGGACCUUGAGCCUAAGUGGUGCCAUUGUCGACGUACAAGGCAUGGCGUCCGAGUUUUGUUCGGGCAAGGCCCACAAGGGGAUCAGUGAAAUGGCCAACAAUUUGUGGAACGAAUCGGGAACCAAAAUCCAACAACUCAUGGAUCAAUAUUCCGACUAUAAACUGAUUAUUACUGGUCAUUCCUUGGGUGGUGGUACCUCGUGUCUAUUGAAUUUGAAGUUGCACGUGGAGCAAAUAUUUGCACCCUCUCGCAAGAUUGAAUGCUUUGCCUUUGCUCCACCACCUACCUUCUUUUCGUGUCGCGAGGAUCCUACGAUCCAAGCGCGAGUCGAGAAAGCCAUUCAAAAUACUGUGGCGUAUCUUCACGACAAUGACGUCGUUCCUUUUUUAUCCAUCAAGGCCAUUCGACGCAUGGUGACUUUAUUGGAUGCGGUAGAUAAUGAAACGGAACUCAUUUGGUUUUGGAGACGAUGGAGAAUGUUUUAUGAGUAUGCUCCCAUUCCCGAAUCCAUCAUCACGAGUGUCUUGGCAGUCGAACAAGAUAUGCACCGGGGUAAGCUUCUUGCCGAAGAAGUGGAUGGGGAGCACAACAUGACCAUUCCAGCGCGUCGUGUGAUUUGGUGCAAACACAACAUUACAGAGAAUCGAUUCGAAGCCUACAGUUGCGAUCCAGAAAAAAUUGCCAGGGGCAACAUCUUUUUGACGCCAGAUAUGCUUUCGGAUCACAUGCCGGAAAUGUAUGAGGAUGCUCUGGAUGCGGUCUUGGCCUCUAUAAAUGAACGAUGA